CCCGUUGCUAGGACGGCCUCGCGGCGGAGCAGCGCCGAGGUUCCGAGCCUCGGGCGCAGGCAGCCAGCGAGCCGGCUCUGCCCUGCGGCCGCCUCGCUCCCGCCCCGGCCUUUGCUGCCCAGAGUGAGAGGCUGCCCCGUCCCCAGCCUCCCUCCCGAGAACCGCGACCUGCGGUGCCCACCGGCAGUGGCCAGCCUGCAAAGGGCAAAGGAGGAGUGUCCCGGCGGGUGAGGGAAGGAGGGGAAGCAGCCCGCCAUGUCGAACGCAAUGUAUAAUAAAAUGUGGCACCAGACCCAAGAAGCCCUCAAUUCUUUGCUCGAUAAAGAGUCUCAGAAAUUGGUGGAGCAAGAGAAGAAUCAGAUCUACAUCUUCCAGAUGUUAGCCACCUUCUUCAUAAAGUACGUGCAGAUCUUCAGAAACCUGGAGAACAUCUAUGACCAGAUCGUCCACCCACAGAAGCGAUUACUGAUCCGGAAGAUCCUGGAUGGGGUGAUGGGUCGCAUCCUGGAGCUGAAGAAUGAAAUGGUCGAACUGGAAUUAACCGAGUUCCAUUAUUUUGAUGAUAUUUUGCAGGACCUGAAGUUGGCCCCUCAACAGUUGGAUAUUCCCAUACCCAAGUAUUUUUUGAAGGAGAAAAUGGAAGUAAUAAAAGAAAGACAGAAAAUCCUUGCUCAGAUAUUAGCUGACAGUGGAUUGGAUGCAACUGGCAUGAAAUCCACAGUAAAGAGCAUGCCCUUGGAACGGGCUGUUAAACUAAUCCAGAUUGCUGAGCGGGCACGGCAGGGUCGCCUGAGAGCCCUGUUCAUGAAGCAAAUCUACCUGCAGGAGUACAGAGCCAAGCAGGCGAGGCUGCUGGGAGAGAAGGUGGCAGAUGCAGGGGCCGCCGCACUCCGCAUCCAGAAGGUUUGGCGAGGUUUCCAUCAGUCCAAGAGGACCGAGAAGGAGAGAGAAGAGGAGAUGAUAUUCCUGGGUAUGGACCCCCCUCCUCUCUUCGACCAAGUCAGUGCCACGAUAAUCCAGGCCGAGAAGGUGGACCUGCUGCGGUGCCAGGUGCAGCUGAAGCAUGAGGAGGACUACAGGGAGGCCCUGGUGACCAUCAAGAGUGACCUGCAGCAGAUCGAGGGCCCGGACAUCAAGGAGAGCCUCCAGGAGCAGAUCCGACAGUGGUUCAUCGAGUGCAGGAGCUUGACGGGCUCGUUUCCCGAGUACCCCAACGUGGAGGAAGGAGGGUCCGCUGUGAUUUUCUCCAACAAGACCCCAGAACAGGUAAUUGAGGAUAUCAUUGCAAACCAAGUAGAGGAGGAAAAGAACAAAAAGAAAAAGAAGAAGGGGAAGGGGAAGAAAAAGAGAAAGGAGAAGGUGAAGAAAAUCAUCAAGGAGAAACCCAAGCAGGAAGAAGAGGAGGAGUGGAAAAUGUCACCCAGUGUCUUCCUCCCUUCCAUGGAGGAAGGAAAUAACUUAUACAAAGACAUGUGGAUGAACAAAGACGAAUCUCGGAAUUUCCCCCAGGACUACGACGAAGAGCUGAUCAAGAAGGAGAAACGGAAGGAAGUGGAGGCGGAGAUAAGGCUGCAGGUGGACGAGCUGAUGCGGCAGGAGCUAAAAAACUUAAAACUCGCUGUGAACAAAGAAAUGGAGCUCCCCAUCAAAGCAGUGAAGAAAGGGAAAAAGAAAGUCAAAGGGAGGAAGGGCAGAAGAAGGAAGAAGGGGAAGAAGGACAAAGACCUGACCGCUGACAGGACCAUCGAGUCUCUAUUCAAGGAGCUGGUGGAAGAAGGCCUGCUGAUCCAGGCUCAGAAAGUCAACCUCUCUGAUUACAUUGGUGAGUACAGCUACCUGGGGACCACGCUCCGCCACGUGUCCAUAGAGCCCAUGCCUUCCCUCCUGGACGUCAGACAGCUGAUCGCGCUGUACGGGAUCCUGCCGCUAGGGUCUGCCGCUGUGCACGAGAAAGCUCCCCUGGUGAAAUCCUUGCUGUUGGCCGGGCCGUCUGGGGUAGGGAAGAAAAUGCUGGUCCACGCCAUCUGCACGGAGACGGGAGCCAACCUCUUCAACCUGUCCUCGGCCAACGUCGCCGGGAAGUACCCUGGCAAAAGCGGCCUGCAGAUGAUGCUGCACAUCAUCCUUAAGGUGGCCAGGCAGCUCCAGCCCUCCGUGGUUUGGAUCCAAGACACAGAGAAAAUCUUCUACAGGAAAAUUCCCAACACUGAGAAGCGGAAUGAACCUAAACGCCUGAAAAAGCAGCUUCCCAAACUCCUGAAGCUCCUGAAGCCAGAUGACAGGAUCCUGAUCGUGGGGACCACACAGCGUCCCUUCGAUGCCGAAAUUCAGUCUUUCUGCAGAGCCUACCAAAAAAUCAUUCUGGUUCCCAGACCGGACUACGCCUCCAGAUACGUUUUGUGGAAACAAAUCAUUCAGCGCAACGGCGGAGUCCUGACCAAAGCCUUGAACAUCAGCUGCUUAGCCAAGGUCACCGAUGGCUUCACCCAAGGACACAUAGUCAAAGUGGUUAAAGGUGUGCUCACAGACCGCAGAAUCCGGCAGCAGUAUCAUAAGCCUCUCACCCCAGUGGAGUUCAUCCCGCUGAUAGCCGGCAUGAACCCCGUGUACAAAGAGGAAGAAGAGUGCUUUAAGAACUGGUAUGCCAAAACCCCUCUGGGUAGAAAGCGAGUCUUGUCAUUGACAGUCGGGGGCAAAGAAAAGGAGAUGGAGAAAGGGAAAAAGAAAGGAAAAAGGGGGAGAAAGAAAAAGUAAUGCCUUUCUGAAGAGCCGUCCUUGAGACUCUUGGGGACAGUGACAGCCCCAGGUCUCCCAGAAGAAGACUCGCCACUGUCCACUGAAGAAGCCCCAAGGAGCAGCACCUUGGAAAUGUGGGCACACGGAUGCCCCUGCCGGGCCUCGCUGGGUGCUGCUGAACCCUCGGUUGGCGGGGCACACGACACCAUGCUCGUGAGUGUCUCCUGAUCUGCGUGAGGCUGGUCCCUAGACAGACUUCACUCUGCACACUCUGUUCCAGUUGGACGUUGAUCAGUACUAGCAUCGAGUUCAGAGUUCGGUAGAGAAGAUCCUCAGGGGACAGGCAGUAAAGCCGUGAGGGUAUUUGUGGGCUGGCUGUUUACCAACCCACGUACACUGCACAUUGUCUUUCACUUGUUUCAAUAAAUCAAUUCUUUG